GCAGGCGGGGCGAGCGGUUCAGAGCUGCGGAGGCGCAGGAGGGGUUCACUGGCUGCCUAGCGCCCAGCCCAGAGCGGUCUCCGGCCUGCUCGCCAUGGACCAAGACCGUAUCCCCUCGACCCCCAGGGGCUCCUUCCGAAAGUUCCUCGAACAACUCUCCGGGGCCGGCAAAGCCAUCGGCGUGCUGACCAGCGGCGGGGAUGCCCAAGGUAUGAACGCCGCGGUCCGAGCUGUCGUGCGCAUGGGGAUCUACGUGGGGGCCAAGGUGUACUUCAUCUAUGAGGGCUACCAAGGCAUGGUGGAUGGCGGCAGCAACAUCGUGGAAGCGGACUGGGAAAGCGUGUCCAGCAUCCUGCAGGUGGGAGGGACCAUCAUUGGCAGCGCCCGUUGCAAGGCCUUUCGUGCUCGGGAAGGCCGCCUGAGUGCUGCUUACAACCUGGUCCAGCUGGGCAUCACCAACCUAUGUGUGAUCGGAGGGGACGGAAGUCUCACCGGGGCCAAUAUCUUCCGGGAGGAAUGGAGCGGGCUUCUGGAAGAGCUAGCCCAAAAUGGCAAAAUUGACAAGCGGGAGGUGGAGAAGUACGCGCACCUCAACGUCGUGGGGAUGGUGGGCUCCAUCGACAACGACUUCUGCGGCACAGACAUGACCAUCGGCACAGACUCUGCCCUGCACCGGAUCAUCGAAGUCGUGGAUGCCAUCAUGACAACCGCCCAGAGCCACCAGAGGACCUUUGUUCUGGAGGUUAUGGGGAGACACUGCGGGUACCUGGCUCUGGUGAGCGGCUUGGCCUGUGGGGCUGACUGGCUGUUCCUUCCGGAAUCUCCGCCAGAGGAAGGCUGGCAGGAGAGGAUGUGUGUCAAGCUGUCAGAGAACCGAGCCCGAAAAAAAAGGCUGAAUAUCAUCAUUGUGGCCGAAGGAGCAAUCGAUACCCAGAACAAGCCUAUUACCUCAGAGCAAAUCAAGGAGGUGGGUGUGCCUGGAAUGGGUCACCGUAACACGGCUGGCAGGGCUUGGGCCAGCCGCAUGGGGGUGGAGGCCGUGGUUGCCCUUCUGCAGGCCACCCCCGAGACCCCGGCCUGCGUGGUGUCGCUGAGCGGGAACCAGGCGGUGCGCCUGCCCCUGGUGGAGUGCGUGCAGAUGACCCAGGACGUACAGAAGGCGAUGGAUGAGAGGAGGUUCAAGGACGCCGUGCAGCUGCGGGGAAGGAGCUUUGAGGGAAACCUCAAAACCUACAAGCUGCUUGCCAUCAAGCUGCCAGACUCUGAGAUCCAAAAGAGCGGCUGCAAUGUGGGCGUCAUCAACGUGGGCGCGCCGGCGGCCGGGAUGAAUGCGGCCGUGCGCUCGGCUGUGCGUGUGGGCAUCUCCUCCGGGCACAGGAUGCUCGCUGUGUAUGACGGCUUUGAGGGCUUUGCCAGAGGCCAGAUCAAAGAAAUCGGCUGGUCGGAUGUCGGAGGUUGGACUGGACAAGGUGGCUCCAUUCUUGGGACAAAACGGACACUGCCCGGGAAGUACCUGGAGGACAUUGCCACCCAGAUGCACGCCCACAGCAUCAAUGCACUGCUGAUCAUUGGUGGCUUUGAGGCCUACCUGGGACUGCUGGAACUGUCAGCCGCCCGGGAGAAACACGAGGAGUUCUGUGUCCCCAUGGUUAUGGUCCCUGCCACUGUCUCCAACAAUGUGCCGGGGUCUGAUUUCAGCAUUGGUGCCGACACUGCCCUGAACACCAUCACCGACGUAAGUCUGUGGCCAGCAAAGCAGGUAGCAUGGACGCUCGCUAACAAGGGUCCCCAGCCCGCUUUUAUCUACCAGCACACCGGAGACGUGGGCUGGGUCUGGCUCAUUGAAAACUAUGAAAAAAAGUCUGACCAUGGCGGGGCACCGUCCCCAUUUGACAGAAACUUUGGAACCAAAAUCUCUGCCCGAGCCAUGCAGUGGAUCACCACAAAACUGAAGGAGGCGCAGGGGAAAGGAAAGAGAUUUGUAACUGAUGAUUCCAUCUGUGUGCUGGGAAUCUGCAAAAGAAACCUCCUUUUCCAGCCUGUGGCAGAACUGAGGAAGGAGACGGACUUCGAGCACAGAAUUCCCAAAGAGCAGUGGUGGCUGAAGCUGCGGCCACUCAUGAAGAUCCUGGCCAAGUACAAGGCCAGCCUGGAGGUCUCCGACGCGGGUCAAAUGGAGCACGUGCACCGCCGCGGCCCCGAGGAACCUGCAGCCAUCUAGGUGCCACCGGACCUGCACUGCCUGGCAACACUUGGACUUCCUGUUUACCGCCGUUUUUGUAACACUUGUUAUUUAUGAGCAUGGUGUAUGAGUAUUGUCAACAUUAAUCCCUAACCACAGAGCACCCAUCCGUGCCCUUCACGCCCCCGGGGCACUGGGACCCCCACGCCUUGUCUGCUGUCCUUCUCAUUGUCUCCUGCUUCAAACCGUGCACUCCCAGUGGAAUUAAACAUUUCGCUAAAGCUCCAACCACGGUA